AUGGUAUCGUUUGACCCAGAAACUUUAGUCUCUUACGAGGCCCCUGCACUUGAUGUUCCCGAUCACGACCCUGUUGAUUGGGAUGCUUGGCUCACACCAGAGGCACUCCACGAUGAAACAAAUCCGAGUCAGCUGUUACUGCAACAUAUCCCUCAGCUCCAUUCUGAACGGCCAGAAGUCCCUCUGCAAUCAGAUGAGAAUUUGCAGAUGAUGCAGUCCCUUGACUCAACAAAAGAGCCUAUGACGACAAAUCCCCGAACACCAAGUCCAAGUGUAUAUGCUUUUGUGAAAUGCGAAAGCACUGAAAAUCCUCCCCUCCUGAACAGAGAAAAUGAGCAACUCAAAUCUCCAAAGCCCAGGGGUGCUUUGGGCUCCGCGGAUUAUAGCCAGAAAACAUUUCUCACUUCACCAGAUUUCGAGUCUUUGAAAGUACAAGAUAUCGAAAGAGAGGCCUCCCACAAUGCCAAGCCAAUCAAUAAUUGGGCCCAUGCAGAUCAGUACAUUGACUGCAUUCAAAAAAUAUGUCAGAUUGCAACUGGCGAGACAUUAAGCCAAAAACAAGCUCGAGACGUCAAAAACUGCUGUGGUGGUUUGAUCACCAGUUUACGAUCCAAGGGCUCAAUUGCUACGUUAAAGUCCCUUUUAGUCAGUUGUCACCGGCAUGCCUUACCUAGCCUUGACUCUUACGACUUGAAUUCGUCUCUGACAGCAUGCGUGGCAUAUCUGAGGUAUCUGGACUCAGUUGCCGGUCCGACUUCGAAGCCAGACGAUGUACAUCGCCGCCUUGCACAGAUUUGGAUCCAUAUUCAUUUCGAAAAUCAUGUUAAUGACUUGGAGAAAAGUGAAACAGACGGUCUUCCGCUAAACCGCCGAGGUCGGACAAUUUCCACGAUAGCCAGAGAUUCUAUUUUAAAGGCUAUUCAUGGGUCUCAAUUCACGCCGAAAAAAGCAGAUCGUGAUUUUUUGAGCGAUCAAUGCCGCUGGGGCGAGCGUUGGUGGAAAGUCGCUACUUGCAUUGGACUAGGUGUGGUUUUGCUCGCCGGUGAAGACUUGGCAAAUCAAAUAGGCAGAAGAACAGCAUUUCAGAAUAAAAUGGUAGACACGUUGGCUAUUUAUGUCCUCAAUCGCUAUCCAGCUCUAGUUAGUUUUUAUCGAUCGUUUGAGCCUAUGGCUAUGGACCUUACGCUUGGAGGUGAUGCUGCUUUGUCUAGUGACCAAUUAAACACCUUCCUAGAGGCGCUCGUGGAGGGCGAAGCAUUUCUGCCAUGCAAGCAAGAGAGAUGGCUGAUUCCCAACCUCAAGUCUCUGUCUAGACUUGCUGCUACCCACCUGAUAUGUAUCCAGAGGUCCCAGGCUAUGGUUAGUCCCAAAAAUCCUUGA